AUGCCACCCAAUUGUGUCAUCGAGGUCGAUGAUGUGCUACAAGAAUGGACAUGGCGCGAACAAUUUGAUCUGAUCCAUAUGCGCAACAUGAUCGGAUCAUUUGACUCUCUCGAGUGGGAUCGUGUCUACCAGCACUGCUUCGAGAAAAUGGCCCCUGGUGGGUGGAUCGAGCAGAUUGAGGCUGGCCCUUUUAUCACAAGUGACGAUGGGAGUCUCCCAGCCGACAGUGCUUUGUCCUCGUGGGGUCCACUUUUACAAACGUGCGGUGAUCGCGCUGGUCGCUCUUGCGAUAUCGUCCUCACCAUGUCGGAGAGCAUCAAGAACGCAGGGUUUGUGGACGUCCACGAAAAGGUCUACAAAUGGCCAAUUGGGCCAUGGCCCAGGGACCAGAAAUUCAAGGAGGCAGGUAUGGUCAAUUGCCAGCACUGGAUGUCUGGUAUGGAGGGGUGGUGCAUGUGGCUGUUAACGAAAUUUGGAGACCCCGAGCCGUGGACUAAGGAACAGGUUCAUGUAUACUGUGCCAAGAUACGCAGUGAACUCAAGAACCCUUAUUUCCAUGCUUAUCACAAAGCGAGAAGAGUGUGGGCUCGCAAGCCGAUGCCUGGUGAAGUCCCGCCUAGGUCAUCAGCAUCCAGCUCCAGCACUGCUAGGGCAAAUUCAUGA